AAUAUUUCAAGCCUUUAUUUGUAUUCAUCUUGAUGAUUAUGGCUUACAGCUCAUAAAACCCCAAAAUUCUGUAUCUAAGAAUGUUUGAAUAUUCCAUAAGAUAUAUAUUUUUAAUUAAUACAAUUAAAGGACUGAAAUAUUUCACAUUGGGUGUAAUGAGUUUCACUUUUUAAAUGGAAUUAUGGGAAUUAAUUAACUUUUACACAAUAUUCUAAUUUAUUGAGAUGCACCCGUAUAAUGGGAAAUACUAACUAUAUACUAAACUGCUGCUAUAGUUUGUCUAUUUACACUGGUUAGAGCUUGAUAACUGACGUCGUGUUGUCCAGCUAUAUUCCAGCCUCACUUUCUCUUGAUUAACACAAAACGACUCCUUCAAUCAAUACAAUAGUGUCUCAAUUCAUCAGCAUAUUCCCUUGCUGUCCUCCCUCUCCGUCCGUCUAUUACUAAACACAUUUUAAUGUUUAUGUAUAUUUUUAUUAUGUUGCACUCUAACCACAUAUUUUUUUUGCCUCCUGCGUAAAAUAAUUUCAAUGUACAGAAGGACCCUGCGUUUUCUCUGAACAAAUGACAGUAAAACACGACUUUGAUUAAUGCGCGGUUUAUGAGCCCUGUGAGGUGUGUUGUGGUACGUUGUCCUCUAGGUGUCGCAGUUUCACCAAUGACCUCCAUCCGGAGCUCAGCGAUGGACCAGCCCAUAGUGACCGGCUCUGAGGGGCCCCUGCCCGGAUAGAGGACGCCUUGAUUAAGGUCCAAUGACGCCCAGUACCCCGAACCCGAAGGAAGACGCGGACCGCGGACGUCCACCCCUCUCCACGAGUACCACCCAACACCCCCCAUCCCCACCUGGGGGGGGCUCGCGGGUCGUGCGCGCGGAGCCGAGCAGCACGAGAGCGCAGCUCGCGCGCAUCUGCGCUCUGCUCGCGGCAGUAAUCGGACGCACCGGAGGACCGGAUCAACUUCAGACCCGCCGCCCAACUUAGUUCGCGACCGCGGGAGGAGACGGGGGAUGGAGGCGCUCAGGAGACCCUGAUCGAUAUCGGUGAUUAUCCGCGGAUGAUUAUUGGCGGAGUGGGGGCUUGAAGAUGAUGGCUUCGAUAGGGGAGUUCGACCCCCUCAACACGCGGGUUCCCGCCACCAAGAUAGAAGUUACCGUCUCGUGCCGGCAUCUCCUGGAUGUGGACACCUUCUCUAAAUCUGAUCCAGUGGUGGUUCUGUACCUGCAAGGUGUUGGAUCCAAGGAGUGGAGAGAGGUCAGUGAACUCCCCCCCCCCUGUCUACUCUGUGCCUCAUCUCCUCCAUCAAUCUACUGGAACAGGCACCUCCCGCCCUGCCCUCCCGCCAUGAGACAUCGCACGGUACCCAGCAGAGACCAAUUACCGCACCUGAGCCUGGCCAGCUGUAUCUCUGCUGGCUGGGAGAUGGUGGAGCUCAUCCUCCGUCUCAGCGGGAUACCAGGGAAGAAGUGUGGUGUCAUUAUCUUGAGUGCCGAAGAACUCAGCAACUGUAGGGACAUCGCCACCAUGCAGCUGUGUGCCAACAAGCUGGACAAGAAGGACUUCUUCGGCAAGUCGGACCCCUUCCUGGUGUUCUACCGCAGCAACGAGGACGGGACGUUCACUAUCUGCCACAAGACGGAGGUGGUGAAGAACACACUGAACCCAGUAUGGCAGGCCUUCACCAUCCCAGUUCGAGCCCUCUGCAAUGGAGACUACGACAGGACGGUGAAGGUGGACGUCUACGACUGGGACCGAGACGGAAGCCACGACUUCAUCGGAGAGUUCACCACCAGCUACAGAGAGUUGUCCCGCGGCCAGAACCAGUUCAACGUCUACGAGGUUUUAAAUCCAAAGAAGAAGGGAAGAAAGAAGAAGUAUGUAAACUCUGGAACUGUAACUCUGCUAUCCUUCAAGGUAGAAUCCGAGUACACCUUUGUGGAUUUUAUCCGAGGAGGAACGCAGCUGAACUUCACCGUGGCUAUCGACUUCACCGCAUCCAACGGCAGUCCGUCCCAGCCCAGCUCUCUGCACUACAUGAGCCCGUACCAGAUGAACGCGUACGGGAUGGCGCUGAAGGCGGUCGGGGAGGUGAUCCAGGACUACGACAGCGACAAGCUCUUCCCAGCCUACGGCUUCGGGGCCAAGCUGCCCCCAAACGGGAAUGUGUCCCACGCCUUCCCCCUGAGCGGGGACAGCGUGAACCCUAACUGCGUGGGGAUAGAGGGCGUGCUCCAGGCCUACUUCGAGAGCCUGCGGACCGUCACGCUCUACGGACCCACCAACUUCGCCCCCGUCAUCAACCAAGUGGCCAACUGUGCUGCUGAGAUAACAGACGGGUCUCAGUACUUUGUGCUGCUGAUGAUCACAGAUGGAGUGAUCUCUGACAUGCUGCAAACCAAGGAGGCUGUGGUAAACGCGGCCUCCCUCCCCAUGUCCAUCAUCAUCGUAGGGGUGGGGCCAGCCGAGUUUGACGCGAUGGAGGAGCUGGAUGGAGAUGAGGUGCGAGUCUCCUUUAAGGGCCGUGAGGCUGAGAGGGACAUUGUACAGUUUGUUCCGUUCCGGGACUACAUCGACCGCACGGGGAACCAGGUGCUGAGCAUGGCCCGGUUGGCCAAGGAUGUGCUGGCCGAGAUCCCCGACCAGAUCCUGUCCUUCAUGAAGACCCGCGGGAUCGAACCCCGACCCGGCCUCUCCUGCUCCCCCCUGCCAGACCUCCCAGGACACAUCUGACCACCUACUGAGCAACCGCAGACCUAUCUGACCAAUCACAGAGCUAUCUGACCCUACCGACCAAUCACAGAGCUAUCUGACCCAACCACAGACACAUCUGACCUCACUGAUCAAUCACUGAUCAACCACAGUCCUAUCUGACCCUACUGACCAAUGAAAGACUUAUCUGACCCUGACUGACCAAUCACAGACCUAUCUGACCCCACUGACCAAUCACAGACCUAUCUGACCAAUCACAGACCUAUCUGAACCGCACUGACCAAUCACAGACCUAUCCGACCAAUCACAGACCUAUCUGACCCCACUGAAUAACCAGAGACCUUUCUGACCAACCAUAGACAUAUCUGACCUCCAUCAUAUCUGACCAUCAUAUCUGACCUCCAUCUUAUCUGACCUCCAUCUUAUCUGACCUCCAUUGCAAACCUAUCUGACCUUGUUUCCCGCUAUAGGAUGGAAUAGUUUGUCCAUGAGUUUGCUUCGUGUCUUGGUCGGAUAUGGUCAGCUGGGUGUGAUAUUAAGAUCUGCAAAUCAUGUCUAAGAGAGUAGAGUCAGCCAAUGAACAGCCAGUAUUCAUGAGGGAGGGUUAGGGGGAAAUAGAGUCAGCCAAUGAACACCCAGUAUUGACGAGGGAGAAUCAGGGGGAAAUAGAGUCAGCCAAUGAACAGCCAUUAUUAAUAAGGGCGGGUCAGAGGGAAGUCUAGACUGGAUUUAAAAUGCUGAGAAUGUCAAUUGAAGAGGCGCAGGUGAGGGCUGGCACCACUGCAUUCAUUACUUGUUCUUCUACAUCCGCACACACGCGCAUGCACACGCACAAACACACACACACAAACACAAGUACACACUCUCACAGACACACUUGGGGGAGCCACGCCUGGCCUCUUCUGCCCAGCUGGGUACAGAUUGGUUACCCCCCCUACCCCCCCCGAACCCCCCACCACUUGAGAAAUGCCAAUCUCUGAACCCCCUGGGGGGCUGUGUGUGUGUGUGUGUCUGUGUCUGUGUGUGUGUGUGUGUGUGUGUGUGUGUGCGUGUGCGUGUGCGUGU